AGCCAAAUUUAUAACAUUAAACAUAUGUAAAAUUAAACUAGUGAGAGGCUGCUAAAUACUAGAGUAUCCUUGAGGUAACUGGUCAUUGUAGACAUUAUUGUUGGAUAUUUUAAAAGAUCCAAUUAUUUUAGGAACAAUGGCCUUCUCUGUUAGCCCCAUAACUGAAAACGACGUAGAGGCUGUGCUCAAAUUCAUGAAACGAACAUUCUAUGUCGAUGAGCCGAUUUACAAGGCUGUAGGGUACUGCACGUCUGAGAAUGAUGACACAUUUGAUUCAGAUGAAUAUUGUAGGCACAUUUUACCAGGAGUAUCCUAUCAAGCAAAGGAUAACGAUGGCAACAUUAUCGGUGCACUUUUAUGCGAUAUUUGCCCGGUUGCAAAUCCGACAAUUUAUACCCACGCUCUUAGAGAUUGCCGAUCUCCAGGAUAUAAAACAAUUAUUCAAAUGUGUAUAGUUCGUGAAAUGCUAACAGAAAUUUGGAGCAAGUUUCCAAAUGAUGUGAACUUGAUUGAAGUCAAGAUGGCGUCUACUGACUCACAAUGGCGGAAUAAAGGAGUCAUGAAUCGGCUAAUGGUUGAAGUGGAAAACGCAGCAAAAGAAAACAAUAUCCGAUUACUCCGAAUGGAAACCUCCAGUGCGUACUCUGCCAAAUCGGCCGAAAGGCGUGGAUUUAAGUGUAUUUUUAAACGGCUUUAUACUGAUUUCCAGCUUGACGGUAAACCAUUCAUUGUAACCGAACCACCACAUGUAGACGAUCGUGUAUAUGUGAAGGAACUGUUUUAAUUGCUUUUGUACCUUUACUUAAUAAAUACUCAUUUUAUA